CCGUGUUGGCGGCGGCGGCGGCGGUAUGGGGCGGGCGGCGCUGGCCCUGUGGGCGAUGGCGGCGGCGGCUGCCGUGUGGCGGUCGGAGCCCGCUGCGGCGGGCGGCCCGGCAGAUGCCAAAUGGAAAACAAUAACUGACCAAAUUAAGAAAGCUGUGGAAGUCUAUAAGCCAUGUGUAAAGGCGAACUGCAGCUGCUACCAAAGUGUCUGGAAGCAGGACCUGGCUCCUUUUCGAGGUGGCGUUUCCAAGGAGAUAAUAUCAGAUGUGGUGAGCCGGAAGCUCGGGACGCAUUACCAAAUCAUUAAGAACAAAUUGUACCGUGAGCAGGACUGCUUGUUCCCUGCAAGAUGCAGUGGAGUUGAGCACUUUCUUCUGGGGAUCAUCAACCGCCUCCCUGACAUGGAAAUGGUGAUCAAUGUGCGAGACUACCCCCAGGUCCCCAAGUGGAUGAAACCCAUUAUCCCAGUCUUCUCCUUCAGUAAGACACCUGAAUACAAUGACAUCAUGUAUCCUGCCUGGACAUUUUGGGAAGGAGGACCAGCUGUUUGGCCAAUUUACCCAACAGGUUUAGGGCGCUGGGACCUCAUGAGAGAGGACCUCAGAAGAUCUGCAGAAAAAUGGCCAUGGAUGAAAAAAAUCUCUAAAGGAUAUUUCCGAGGAUCCAGAACGAGCCCUGAGAGAGAUCCCCUCAUUCUGCUGUCCCGAGAAGCCCCAGAACUUGUUGAUGCUGAGUACACUAAAAACCAGGCUUGGAAAUCUGAAAAGGACACCUUAGGGAAGCCUCCUGCGAAGGAAAUUCCACUGGUUGAUCACUGCAAAUACAAGUAUCUGUUUAAUUUCCGGGGAGUGGCUGCCAGUUUCCGGUUGAAACACCUUUUCUUAUGUGGUUCACUUGUGUUUCACGUUGGAGAAGAGUGGUUGGAGUUCUUCUACCCUCAGCUGAAGCCUUGGGUCCACUACAUCCCAGUCCGAUCAGACCUCUCUAACAUCAGGGAGCUGCUGCAGUUUGUAAAGGAAAAUGAUGCCAUAGCACAAGAUAUUUCAGAGAGGGGACGCCAAUUCAUCACCGAGCACUUGCAGAUGGAGGAUGUCUCUUGCUACUGGGAGCAUCUGCUGUCUGAAUAUUCCCAAGCCUUGACUUACAAAGUGAAAAGGAGGAAGAGCUACAGCGAGAUCACUUCUGAGUGGCUGAAAACAGAACUGUAGAGACUAAUCUGUUUUUCUCUUCAGGUCAAACUGAUCUCUGUGGAAAUCUGAAGAUCAGUGUAUCUUCUUUCUUAUUCUCUCAGACUUCUUAUCCUUCACGCUGCAACGACAGAGAACAGCAAUAGGCUAACUUUGAAAUUGCUCCCAUACAGUGGGACCCGGUUAUGCUGUCACCAUAAGAAUGUCAAGUAGAAUGUUGGAUUAUGGCUAUUUAAUGGGGUGGUUAUGGUCAUGCCUGGGAGAGGGUUGUUAGCAUUUGGGACUUUGUUACUACCUGUGUCAGAAUGAUCCUAAAUCCCAUUCAGUCAAUGAGAAGCCUGUCUGUUAAUUUUACUGGGCUUUUUACCAAGUCCACUGUACUCGUGGGCAAGGUAUGCAGACUGUCAGCUACACGCAGCUGGGAGAUACAGGCCCCUUUUUUUGGCAAAUGGUCAAUGUUUUCUCACCUGUGAUAUUAGGUGUUCUGUGACAGAAGCAGGUACUGGGAUUUGGGGUAACCUUUUUAGAUAGCCUAGAGCUUAUGUUUAUGUCAGGUUUUAGAAGUUGAUGGUAGGGCUUUGAUGUGCCGCUGAAAGGACAAAUGAUCCUUGCACAGUUAAACUACCUCAUAGGGGAGCAGUUGGUGAUGGUGAUGUUGCCACAGCGCUAAGCCUGAGUAGCAGACAGUCAAGCAGUUGGCAACUGAGAUAAAGACGGUUCAUGCUCUGACAGAUGAGCUGGGUGCCUGCACAGCCACACAGAACUGAGCCCCUGUUAAUAAGCUCUUGCCAGCUGCCUGGCCAGACAUCCUUAAGAACCCAGAGAAAGUAUAUGCAGAGGUAGAGUCAGCUCUUUUUCCCAGAUGUUCACAGAUUCUCUGCUCUGAUCCUCUUCUGUAAUCUGUCUAGGGUUGUUGGGGAGGGGGGGUUGAGGCUGGUAACACAUCUGCUCACUUCAGUAUUUGCUUUUCUUUCACACUGCCAUCGCACUCCUUUUCUCAUCUCUUUCAGUCUGGUUGAGGGAAUGUCUUCAGCCACACAGUGGCAGCUAGUUCUCCCAUUACGCAUUUUGAGUUCAGUCACAGGUUGCUUGCGCUCGCUGUAUUUAUACCCACUAUGGGCUGCUCAGCCCAGGGGGAGUACAAUUUCUGAAAUGCUCUGUGGCCCCUGAGUUGAGAGGCCUGGUGGGAAGCAGUGUCUUCUCUGGCAUCCAGGCAGGUGCUCAGAAGAGCUUGGGCAGGGGCACGGGGUCCCAGGAGAGGGCCACUGCCUCCUCGGUGAGCACCCUUGAUGCCGAGUGGCCUCAAGGUGUAGGAAGCAGCACAUUGAUGGAAGAGAGUGGUAGCCACAGCUCGGGUCUCCUCUGCAGUCAGUUUGGAUCAGAGAAGGAGAAAACACUACAAGGAACAAUAACGCUAAGUGCACCUACACGUGUCUGUGCUCGCACAGAGGCCUUGCAGCACUGCCAAGCCCCGGUGCAGGGACAUAAGUGCCAGUUGCUGGAGCAGCACGCCAGUUAUGUGACCGGUGCCUGGGUUAUCCCAGCCUGCAAAGGAAACGAAUCAGGGUACUAAAAUAGCCUAGUUUCCGAGGAAAAUAACUGUGCGAGAGUGGAAGGGGUUUUUUGGUUGUGUAUUUUUAGUUAAGGGAGAGACUGUGCUGUGAGAAACUGAAACAGCUAUGUAUAAUAUUUUUAAACUGUUUUUAAUGAAGUCUUUUUGGAAUAAAACAUGAAAAUGAA